AAAGGCACAGCCGCGGAUGUGGGUUAGGCCCUGCCAUUGCACAUCACAUCUGGGCGGUUGGAGGCCAGAAGACCUUCGGCGAUGAACCCAGAGGAGCAAGUGGUGACCUGGCUGAUUUCCUUAGGAGCCUUAAAUUCUCCCAAGAUGAUGAUCGGGGACCCCGUGCAGUUCCUUAAAACGUCCCUGAAAGACGGGGUUGUGCUGUGCAAGCUGAUUCUUCGACUUCUCCCAGGAUCUAUAGAAAAGUAUUGCCCGGAACCCAAGACAGAAGCCGACUGCCUCGCCAACAUCAAGGAAUUCUUAAAAGGAUGUGCCGCGCUUAAAGUAGAGCUGUUUGAUGCCCACGAUCUGUACACAGGAGACCAUUUCUCCCAGGUAGUGACUACUCUGAAGGCUCUCAACAAGGCCAGUGAAGAUCGGAGAUUCGUCCAGCCAUGCACAAACCUGCCACCUCUUAAUUCUCCUGUGGGUGUCCAGCCGCCCCUGAUGCAAGCCAACUCUCCUAAAUCGCCAACCGGCAGCCAGUCCAAAGCAGUGAUGACCGAAAACGGGACUCACCAACUGGUGGUCAAAGCCAGGUUCCACUUCAAGCAAACCAACGAGGAUGAGCUGUCCAUCAACAAAGGGGACAUCAUUUACGUCACCCGCGUCGAGGAAGGGGGCUGGUGGGAAGGCACUCUGAAUGGGAAGACAGGGUGGUUCCCCAGUAACUACGUCAGAGAAAUAAAAUCCACUGAUAAGCCUUUGUCCCCAAAAGCGUUGAAAGGAGGCGAAAGCCCACAGCUUACAAAGAAUUACUAUACUGUGGUACUUCAGAAUAUUCUGGAAACAGAACAAGACUAUGCAAGGGAGCUGCAGUCCCUUCUGAGUACCUACCUGAGGCCUCUUCAAUCCUACGACAAGCUGAGUGCCGUCGACACUGCGUCUCUACUUGGAAAUGUGGACGAGCUCUCCACCUUUCAGCAAACGCUCAGCCAGGCAUUGGAAGAUUGUGCUAAGCUUCCAGAGCAUCAGCAGAAAGUGGGAGGCUGCUUCAUGAACCUGAUGCCACAGUUCCGAUCUCUGUACCUCGCCUACUGUGCAAACCACCCAACAGCGGUCAAUGUCUUGACCCAACACAGUGACCAGCUGGAGAAGUUCAUGGAGCUUCAAGGGGCCACCUGCUCGGGCAUCCUCACCUUAACCAUGAGCCUCAGCAAGCCGUUCACACGGCUGGACAAAUACAUCUCCCUUCUACAAGAACUUGAGCGCCAUAUGGAGGAGGCGCAUCCUGACCACGAAGAUGUCUUGAAAGCUACGAUGUCCUUCAAGUCACUUGUGUCCCAGUGUCAGGAGAUGAGGAAAAGAAAGCAGCUGGAGCUCCAGAUUCUUUCAGAGACGAUUCAGGGAUGGGAAGGGGAAGAUAUCAAGACGAUGGGCGACGUCUCCUACAUGUCUCAAGUCAUGGUCCAGUAUGGAGGGAAUGAGGAGAAAGAAGAAAGAUACUUCCUGCUGUUUCCAAAUGUCCUGCUGAUGCUUUCUGCGAGUCCUCGGAUGAGUGGGUUUAUGUAUCAGGGGAAGCUCCCUCUGAUGGGAAUGACAGUGACGAAGCUGGAAGAUACAGAAGGAAACGAGAACGCGUUUGAAAUUUCAGGGGGUAUGGUAGACCGGAUCACAGUACACUGCAGCAGCGCCCAGGAUCUACACGAGUGGAUUGACCACCUGCCACAGCCGAGCAGAGGGACGACGUCCAGUGGCACCCUUUCCAAGACCCACUCGUGGAGUCCACACUCUACAUUCAGCUCUUCCGGACAAGUUCGCGGCCCGCUGGAGCCACCCAAAAUCCUUAAACCCUGGACCUUAAGCUGCCUCCGGCCGGCACCUCCUCUCAGACCGUCUGUGGCACUCAGCUAUAAAGAGAGGAUGUCUUACAUCUUAAAGGAUUCUAGCAAGAGUCCCAAAACAAUGAAAAAGUUCUUGCCCAAAAGGAAGCCGUCGGAGAGAAAGCCAUCAGAGGAGGAAUUUGUCAUCAGAAAAAGUACGGCUGCCUUAGAAGAAGACGCACAGAUCCUGAAAGUGAUCGAGGCCUAUUGUACUGGCACAAGCUUCCAGCAGAACCUCAGUCCAGGUUCCCGCAAAGACUCCAUGCCCCAGGUCCUGCUUCCAGAAGAGGAAAAGAUCAUAACGGAGGAAACGCGAAGCAACGGGCAAACUAUCACAGAAGAGAAGAGUCUGGUGGACACCGUCUAUGCUUUGAAAGACGAGGUCAAGGAACUUAAACAGGAGAACAAAAGGAUGAAGCAGUGCCUGGAAGAAGAACUGAAAUCCCGCAAAGAUUUGGAGAAAUUAGUUCGAAGGCUCCUCAAGCAAGCCGACGAGUGUAUCAGGGAAGACACCGGGCGGAGGUCAUCCAUUCUGGCCUGAUUUCCUUAACGCCGCCAUAGGCGCUUUGCACACAGAUUGAUGUCAGAUACUUUCCUGCCAUCGUCGUUGGCGCCUUUGAAUCCUUGCUUUGGUUUCCCAGUGUGUGUGUGUGUGUUUUGCUUGUUCGAGUUGUUUUGUUGUGUUCUGAACCACGGAGGUGGCUUCGAUCUUUCCCCCCCCCCUUCCUUUCGAGAAGCCCAGGGUGACACCUCCACAAGAGUCAAAACUGGGUUCUGAAUCAUCAAAACCUGCCUGUAAUUUCCAGCGUCACCUUGGAGCGUGGUGGCUCUUGUCACCCAGCGGCGGCUGCUCUCGGGUGACGACGGGCAGAGUGGAAAUUUUAGAGGAAAUGCAAAAGCACUUUUCUCUCCUUUCCCACCACCCUCCAUUUCUUUUUCCUUCCUUUCUUUUUUUUUUUCUUACCGGCUUCUUUCUUUUAAAAUGACUUUUACUUAAAUUAUGCCCUUAGGAGUCCCUUAGAGGAAGGGAAAGAAUGGUAUUGAAGGGCAACCAACUGAAAGCCAAAGAUAAUUUGCACUUUUAUUUCCCAGAUAAUCAGGAAAACAAGUUCAGUUUUUUCCUCCAGCCCAACAAUAACAAUAACAACGACAACAACAACG